AUGAAAUUGUGUUGCGGAAAUGAGUAUACUCUUGUGCCAACCCCAAAACGCAAGAAUCAAGGGGAGCGGAAAGAAGCUUCACCGAUUCCGACUCUAAUCUCAGGCUUCAUUGGUAAGGUAAGGAAGCGUAGCAGCUCCAACAUCGAAUCGGGCAAUUCCUCUUCCAGCCCUUGUGACAUCAACAAACAAAGCGAGUUGAGCACGAACACUUUUUCGGAGAUGACUUCUGUCAAUAGGCAAGUAGCGCCCAAUCGAGCGAGAGAAGAUAGGGAUUUCUCCCAGCACUCGAAGACCAAGAGAAGAGGAUGUGAAUUGGCGAGGAUACGAGUGAACCCGCUUGCCCGAGUCCGAGUUGACGAGGUGAAAGAGUUCAGACUAGGACAGUUCAGGCCGGUGGAAGCCAAUGAAAGGGAGAAGCGUUCAACCACUAGAGCAGAAGCCGAGUAUAAGAUCGCCCUUCUCUUCUAUGAUUCGGCCGUGAAAGAAGCCCACUUCACCUUCUCUCUUGGGAUGGGAAAGAUCAAAUGA